AUGACCUCUUGCAUGUCGUGUGUAGCGAGCGACGGGGGAAGGAGAAAGCAGAAGAAAACGCGUUUCGGAAGAACAUGGAGAGGUGGACUUCGUGAAAUCGCGCUUGUGUCUAUUCACCGGCCCGCAGAUGCAAACACCGUCAAAGCCAAUCACAUCCUUGGCGGGACUGAACUGCGCUUCGUCGUUCUCUACUUUCUGCUGUCGUCUCCACCUAUCCAGUCGUAUCAUACAACAUCAUUGACAUCUAAGGAUCCCACAAUGUUCGGGAACCGCGCAAGACAAACUGGAUUCGACGUUGAUGAGGAAAUUCACUAUCCUACGCGCCCCGUCGAUAAGGACAAGGCGGAGCACGAACUUGUCAUAAACAUCAAGAAGGCGACAAGUCCGGAAGAGACUGCGCCGAAGCAGAAGCACGUUAGGAAGUGCAUUGUCUACACUUGGGAUUACCACUCGUCAAUAUCCUUCUGGAGCGGCCUGAGGGUUCAGCCAAUUCUUGCUGAUGAAGUUCAAACCUUCAAAGCUCUGAUCACGGUGCACAAGGUCUUACAGGAGGGUCACCCGGUGACUCUCAAAGAGGCCCAAGGUCAAACUGCUUGGCUUGAAACGUGCGCGCGUACAGUUGGGGCGGAUAGUCAACGAGGAUAUGCUUCACUGAUCAAAACCUAUGUCCAAUUCAUCUUGGCUAAACUGAGAUUCCAUCGCCUUCGUCCAGAGUUCAACGGCCUCUUCGAAUAUGAAGAAUAUGUCACUCUGAAGGGAAUCGAUGAUCCCAAUGAAGGUUACGAAACUAUCUCUGACCUUAUGGGCCUUCAAGAUCAAAUAGAAUCUUUUCAAAAGAUGGUCUUCUCCCACUUCCGCCAUUCAGCCAACAAUGAAUGCCGUAUUUCGUCGUUGGUGCCAUUGGUGAAAGAGAGUUGGGGAAUAUACCGCUUCAUCACCAGCAUGCUUAGAGCGAUGUACAGACGAACCAAUGACCAGGACGUGUUGGAGCCCUUGAAGGAAAGAUAUACUUCCCAGCACUACAACCUUCGAAAGUUCUACUACGAAUGCUCGAAUCUGAAGUAUCUGACCGGUCUUAUCAACGUCCCUAAAUUGGGUCAUGAACCGCCAAACCUCUUGGAGUCAGGAGAUGCUCCCGAUCUACCAGCGCGACCUAAGGCAAAAUCUCCCACACCACCUCCUGCAACACCCAUGCCAAGUGCUGCAGAGAUUGACGAGCAAGCACGAAUGCUCAAGGAGUACGAGGAUAAGCAAGCUUCCCUGCAGGCACAACGCGACGCCGAAGAAAGACAGCGUGCUGAGCUUGAACGUCAACAACAGGCGGAAUUCGAAGCGCGCCAGCGUGCCCAGGCUGACGCUCAGAGACAGGCACAAGAACAACUUAUGCAACAGCAGAUGAUGUACAACAACAAUCAACAGAACGAACUAGAGCGGGAGUUGCUUGCGAUGAGAGGCCAAUACGAGCGUGACCAGAUUUUCCUUGAGCAGUAUGAUCGCCGCGUCAAAGCUCUCGAAUCUGAGCUGAGCGGUGUCAACGCUCACAUUAACUCUCAGUUGGCUUCCAAAGAUGAACUGAUCAAGCAGUUGCAGGAUCAAGUCACACUUUGGCGGAACAAGUAUGAGGCCCUCGCAAAGCUUUACAGUCAGCUCCGGACAGAGCACCUUGACAUGCUUUCCAAAUUCAAGCAAAUGCAACUCAAAGCUAACUCUGCUCAAGAAGCUGUCGACCGUAUGGAGCGAAUGGAGCGAGACCUGAAGGCGAAAAACAUCGAGCUGGCUGAUAUGCUUAGAGAACGGGAUCGAGCCCGCUUUGACAUUGACAGACAAAAGUCAUCUCAUAAGGAUGAAGUUGAUCGACUGCGCCGUGAACUCAACUUCGCCAAUGAGCGUGCAGAAGACGCCUCUCGCAACAAGAGCUCCGAGGUAUCCACUGUCAUGUCAAAAUACAACAGGCAGUUGUCAGAGCUGGAAGACUCCCUUCGCGCUAAGCAAAUGCAGAUUGACGACCUGCUCGUCAAGCUCAACAACGCUGGUGGAGAUCUCGAGCGUCUUAGGGAAGAAAAGGAUCAGGAAAUCAUGAUCUUGCAGGCUGGAAUGGACAGCACGAUUGAGCAGCUAUCAGAAGCCCAGCAGAAUCAAGGCCUCGUUGACGAGACUACCAACGCCCAAAUUGACACUCUUAUCCUUGAUAACCGCAAGAAAUUGAAUCAAAUUAUCGAUUCCAUUCUGCAAGCAUGUGUCCAGAAGGUUGACGAUGCGAUCUACGAGUUAGAAUCUCCCACUCAGGCAGGCAACCUCAACUCGACCCCCGAGUAUACCCUCUCGAUGAUCGAGAAAUGCCUGAAUAACGCGACCGAAUUUGCCACUAUUUACAACCUCUACCUUGGUGGGGAACGUGGUGGAGAUCACGUCGACGUUAUCAAGUCGGCCAACGAAUUCGCCCAAUCUCUCGCCGACGUGCUCAUCAACACCAAGGGAAUUACUCGUUUGGCCAGCGAUGACGACGCCUCUGACAAGAUCAUUAACGUUGCCAAGUCUGCAGGAGAUGUUGGCUUGCGUUUCUUCGAGAAUCUGCAAUCCUACAAGCUCGAUUUGCUUCAGCCAACCCAACGCAAAGAGGUUGCAAUGCGUAAUAAUAGUCAAGCACGCACUUCCCUCACCAAACUGUCUGAAGUUGUGGACGGUCUCAUCCCCAAGGGCACUAAAGCUGCACGUGCGAACGGGGAGAUUGGUGACAUUGUGGAGAAAGAGAUGUUGAACGCAGCUCAGGCGAUCGAGGCUGCCACGGAACGGUUGCAGGCGUUGAUGUCGCGUUCACGCGACUCCUCGCGGUACAGCGCGGUUGAUCUACAGGUCCACGACUCGAUCCUGUCUGCAGCGAUGGCUAUCACGAACGCGAUUUCCCGCCUCAUCAAGGCGGCCACCGAGUCGCAGCAGGAGAUCGUGGCGCAGGGUAAAGGGUCGAGCACUAACCAGCAGUUUUACAAGCGCAACAACCGCUGGACGGAGGGUCUGAUCUCUGCUGCCAAAGCGGUUGCUUUCGCAACGAACCUACUCAUUGAGAGUGCCGAUGGUGUUUUGUCUGGCACGCACUCGCUUGAGCAACUCAUUGUGGCGUCUAAUGAGGUUGCCAGUGCGACUGCUCAACUUGUAGCGGCCUCUCGUGUCAAGGCUAAUCUCAUGUCAAAGACUCAAGAACGCCUCGAGCUGGCGGCGAAGGCAGUCACUGCAGCUUGCAAGGCACUCGUCAGGCAGGUGAAGGCUGUUUCUGCGAGACAAGCGGAGGAAGAGGAUGUCGACUACAAGAGCAUGGCGGUCCUCGAGUUCAAGAAACGCGAGAUGGAGCAGCAGGUCGAGAUCCUCAAGCUCGAAAAGGAGUUGGGCGCAGCUCGACAUCGUUUGGGAGCCAUGAGACGUGCAGGAUAUCACACAGAGGAGACAGACUAA